GUGCGAUCACUGCGUGUGUUUGUUGAGCCCGCAGAUGUUGAACUGGAUGAUGACGAUGGAUUGCUCUGGACCUCGCUUCAGACCGCUUUUCCCGGAUGCUCUGGUAUGUACUAUCGUGAACGCGGAGCUGACUGUCGAAGUGCGGUAAAGUUCGACGGCAAGAAAUUCCUGCCCCCUGCUGGUUCAUGGAACGAUCGGCAGUACUAUGUCGCGAUCAGUAUGUUCAUAAUGUCGUCAAUCCAUUGGAAGUAUUAG